CAUUUAUGUACCUAUGUAAUGCCAUGCUCAAACUCGGGACCGUUCAAAUUGUACUGUAUGUAUCUGCAUAGGUACUGCCAUUAUCGCUCGUCGCCCCUGAAUCCAACUUAACAAGCAGUCUUCAAGGCUACAUGUAGGUAGGUAGCACGCAUAUCUCCAACCAAAGAGAAAGAACCAAAAUAUUGAAAAAGAAAAGAAAUAUGAACAAAAUGAUCCGUCAAUUCUUUAUCACUCCAAUUUCUCCUACCUGACCUUUUUCCUCCCCCGUAACCAUGCCGCUGAAGCUUCACGAACUGACCAAGGAUGAAGAGUUCAAAGCAGUGUGCGAUGUAGAGCACGAAGCGUACAGCCACCCAUUCAACGGUGUUUGGGAAAUUACCACAGGGUCCUCCCCCGAAGACUGCUGCGCGCGUCAGUUGGCCUGGCACAAUGCCGAUCCUAACAGUCACUGGCUUUAUGUGACGGACGAUGAGACCGGCCAGGUCAUUGGUGGUGCGCAAUGGAUCGUUCACAGGACUAAUCCCUACGUGGUAGAGCAGCCAGUGAAAACAGCCUACUGGCUACCUGAAGGUCCCAUGAGAGAAAUAGGAAACCAGCUCUACAGUGGCUUGAGUGCGCACCGUCCCAAGUACAUGAGCAAGCCGCACCUGCUCCUAUCCUACUGCUUCGUGCACUCCGCGCACCGGAACCGAGGCACGGCCAGGCUGCUGCUGAAAUGGGGGACGGACAAAGCCGACGAGCUAGGGCUCGAAGCCUUUGUCGAGUCCACUGAUAUGGCCCGCGCGGUGUACGAGAAGAGCGGGUUCUAUGUCAUUGACGAGCUGAGCAUGGAUGCCACGACGGCAGACGAGGACGAUGAGGAUUUCGGGAAAGUGAGGAAAUGGCUCGGCUGUCCGAUUCAUGGAUGGGUUAUGAAGAGGGAUGCUCCUGAGACGAGGCAGAAGGUUAACUGAUUGUUGUUAGGCUAGGUAGGUAGGUAGGUAGGUAGGUAGGUACCUAGCAUCCAUGGAUAUCCCUUACGUUCAAUGCCUCCAAGGGAUGGAUGCUACAUGUAUGUAUGUACCUGUGUAGGCAUAUAGCUGGGUAGGAUUAGGUAUUACAGUGCUAGACAUUAUAGUGGCACGUUACUGCAA